GGCAGGCGAGGUCCGAAAGCGUCCGCCGGCGUUCCUGGCAGGGGGCUUUGCGGGAGAGGCUGCGCGCGCAGGUGCUGUGGGGAAGGGGGCGAGAGCUUUCCGUCCCUUUCCUUGUUUUUGCGCGUCCGUUGACCGCUUUGGGUGGAUUUAGAAACAAAGCUUUGAUGAUGUGACAGCUGGAACCAUCAUGUCUGCUUUGUGUCCUCCUCCUUCUCCCGCUGUUGCCAAGACAGAGAUUGCCUUGAAUGGAGAGUCACCGUUGCUGGCUGCUACAUUUGCCUACUGGGAUAAUAUUCUUGGUCCCAGGGUCAGGCACAUCUGGGCGCCAAAAACAGAGCAGCAGCUUCUCAGUGAUGGAGAAAUAACAUUUCUUGCAAACCAUACUUUGAAUGGGGAAAUCCUUCGGAAUGCAGAGAGCGGUGCAAUAGAUGUGAAAUUUUUUGUUUUGGCUGAGAAAGGAGUCAUUAUCGUGUCCUUAAUUUUUGAUGGAAACUGGAACGGGGACCGAAGUACCUAUGGACUUUCAAUUAUACUUCCACAAAGUGAGCUGAGCUUCUACCUUCCCCUGCACAGAGUGUGUGUUGACAGGCUGACACACAUUAUAAGAAAAGGAAGGAUAUGGAUGCAUAAGGAAAGGCAAGAACAUAUACAGAGGGCAGUUGUGGAGGGCACAGAAAGAAUGGAAGAUCAGGGCCAGAGCAUCAUUCCAAUGCUGACAGGCGAAGUUAUUCCUGUAAUGGAACUCCUUUCAUCUAUGAAAUCACACAGCGUUCCAGAAGAAAUAGAUAUAAGUGACACAGUGCUAAGUGAUGACGACAUUGGAGACAGCUGUCAUGAGGGUUUUCUCCUGAAAGCCAUCAGUUCACACCUGCAGACUUGUGGUUGCUCAGUAGUUGUAGGAAGCAGUGCAGAAAAAGUGAAUAAGAUAGUGCGGACUCUGUGCCUCUUUCUCACUUCAGCAGAGCGAAAAUGUUCCAGGCUCUGUAGAAAUGAAACUUCCUUCAAGUAUGAGUCAGGCCUUUUCGUGCAAGGGUUGCUCAAGGAUGUGACAGGAAGUUUUGUGCUACCUUUCCGACAAGUGAUGUAUGCUCCGUAUCCUACCACUCAUAUUGACGUAGAUGUCAACACGGUGAAGCAGAUGCCUCCAUGCCAUGAACAUAUCUAUAAUCAGCGGCGCUACAUGCGAUCGGAGCUAACAGCGUUUUGGAGAGCCACUUCGGAUGAGGAGAUGGCUCAGGAUACCAUUAUCCAUACAGAUGAAAGUUUCACUCCUGACCUGAAUGUUUUCCAAGAUGUUCUGCACCAAGACACUCUAGUAAAAGCCUUCCUGGAUCAGGUCUUUCAUUUAAAACCUGGAUUGUCCCUGAGGAGUGUGUUCCUUGCACAAUUCUUGUUAAUUCUUCACAGAAAAGCCUUAACACUCAUUAAAUACAUCGAAGAUGACACGCAAAAAGGUAAAAAGCCUUUUAAGUCUCUCCGAAGCUUGAAGAUAGACCUGGACUUAACAGCAGAGGGCGAUCUUAACAUAGUAAUGGCUUUAGCUGAGAAGAUCAAGCCUGGUUUACAUUCGUUUCUCUUUGGCCGACCUUUCUACACUAGCGUGCAGGAACGUGAUGUUCUAAUGGCAUUUUAAAGAUGCUUGUUUCUGAUUGGGGUUGCUAUAACUCUACUAGGCUAUUCAAAGAGAAUAGAGACAGAAAUGCAGUGUUGCUGUUUAAAGCAUGUGCUGUUCACCAGUGCAAUUUAAUGUGAUGUACACUACAGUCCAUAGGAGAAAGGGGAAUUAGUGCUGUAAGGAUCAAGUCUCUUCUGUUUAGGCUCAUAUUAAAGGCUCUAUUUUGUUUAUAGGGAGAAUAAAAUAUUAUUGUGAAUUUUAUUUUUUUUUAAAGUUUGUGCUGUUUUGUAGCUUCUCUAACACCAAAUAAGGUUGUGGUUUAUGACUAAACAAGAAGACUUUAAAAAUGGGCUCCUAAGAUAUAGCACUGGAUUUAACACUUUUUUUCUUCAGUUUGUGUGGAUGUUUAGGCAAAAUGGUACAUAUGCCCAUUCCCCGAUUGUAGAUUGUUGAUUGCAAAAUGAAUUUCAAACGUGGUUCUAAAGAUUCAAAGUUCCACUGUGUGUUUUAGUAUGAACUGCCUGCAUGGUCUUCACACACACUUUAAAAGUCACCAGAAACUUAUUAUAACAUGUAAGCGUUUAAACAGACAUGAAAAAUGCAAGUGUGUUCUUACAACGGGCAAAUUCAGACCUGAUUAUUCAAAGUACUAUUUUGAGACUGAAUCAUGAAUUACAUCCUUUAUGUCCAAGUGCCAAGUAAGGAUAUUCUGUCAUUGAUUAUGUUGAAUCAUCAGGCAUGUUGCAGUGUUUAAUGAUCUGCAUAACUUAAGAGCACAAAAAAGAAAAAAUAGGUUUUAUGUUGGAGAGAGCAGUUGCCAGGCUUUCUGCAAUAAACUGCUGACUAGAGAUGAGCACGAAUCGCAAGACAAACUGAAGUUCGUCACGAACUGGGCCGGUUUGUGCUUCGCGAACUGGCAGUUCGUGGAAGCCCAUUUUCCACAAACUUCCAUGAACUGGUCUGCCAGUUCGUUGGGUUCAUGUUAAACCCCAGAUCAGCUGCUUGUCGGGGAUCUCCCUGACAAGCAGCUGAUGCAAGCCGGCUGGGGUGAAAUGCCCCUUUCCCUAGUGCUUCAAAACAGCAGGGAAAGAGGCAUUUAAACCCCUGGAUCAGCUGCUUGUCGUGGAUCACCCCGACACGCAGAUGAGCCAAGUCGGCUGGGGUGAAAUGCUCCAUUCCCUGCUGCUUUGCAGCCCCAGGGAAAGGGGCAUUUAAACCCCUGGAUCAGCUGCUUGUCAGGGAUCUCCCCAACAUGCAGAUGAACCAAGUCGGCUGGGGUGAAAUGCCCCAUUCCCUACUGCUUUGCAGCCCCAGGGAAAUGGGCAUUUAAACCCACAGAUCAGCUGUUUGGCAGGGAAAUCACUGCCAAACAGCUGAUCCAAGCUGGGAGCUUUCCGUUUCAAACCCCUAUCCGGUUUCAUCCAGCUGCAGGGCAUUUGAAAGCCAUGAACCAAGAACCAUGAACCGGUUCGCAAACUGAGGCCAGUUUGUGGAAGUUCAUAGUUCCUGGUUCGUGAAAAGUGAUGAACCAUGAAUCGUGGUUCGUUGCAAUUUCCUGGUUCAUGGCCAUCUCUACUUUUGAGUAAAAACCAGCUAAAUCCUUUACACCUCCUGUGCGCAUAUUCUUUUUGAAGAAGUUUUAAAAAGUCGAGCUUAGUGGAUUUGAAAUCAGCCGGAAGGGCAGUAGUGACACACUGCUGUUCCAUUAGAUGUCUGUCCAACUCCAGAAUAUUUCCGAUUCUCCAGUUUCUUUUUUCCAUAUGGAGACUACUGGUUAUAUAUAUAUAUAUAUAUAUAUAUAUAUAUAUAUACACACACA